AUGGUGGCACUGGAAAGCACUCCCAUUCAUGGACGAGAAUAUAUUGGAGGCGACUUGGAGGCAAAGGUGUUAGUUCUGUGGAAGGAAAAGGAAAGCCUCAGGAACGACUACAUGAAAUUGAAGUAUGACUUUGAGAACAUGAGACGAACUACUGAGAAACUGAGUAAUGAUUACGAGAAAAUGAGAAAAGAUCACGAACACCUCAAGUCUAGCUUCCAGGAACAUCUCCGGGAAAGAGACGAACUUCAACUCAACACCACAGAAGCAAGACUCCAAUAUCUGGAGGCUAUCAGCCUGCAAAUAGCACCCCGAACGUGUCAGACGCUUGCAGACUUGGGGGUGACACGAACAGGAGAAUACCUCGUGGAUCCUGACGGAGUUUUGAUCGGCGAUGCACCCAUCAAAGUGCUCUGUGAUAUGGAGUCAGUUUCCACGAUUGUCCUCCAUGAUUCGAUGGAAAACACUGCGAUCGAUCGAUGUGCUGAUCCUGGAUGCUACAAUCACAACAUAAGCAUUGACCGUGUCUCGUUUCAGUAUGACUGUUUUUCCUCGGCCCUCACAACUGGAGUCAUACACUAUGCAUGGUGGGUGGACCGUCACGACGAACCACAAUACUACUGGGACGGGUCAAAAGCAGGGCAGCACAUAUGCAACUGCGGUCUCUCUGGCAACUGCACAGACACAAACUUCCCUUGCAACUGUGAUGCAAAACUCCCCCAUUGGGAAUCAGACUCAGGAGCAAUAACGAAUGCAACAGCAUUACCCAUAACCGAGUUGCGCUUCGGUGGACUACAAUUUAAGGGACAGAAAGCGAAUUACACAUUGGGUGGAUUGACCUGCAAAGGCAAGAUACCGUCCCCGGACAACCCAGCUCAAUCCUGUUCAACUCUUCGCCAAGCUGGAAACGCUCAUCCUGGUUAUUACAUGAUCGAAUCCAAGAAAAGUCGCUUGGAUGUUGUUAUGUGCAGGAUGGAUUUGGAGGAGACCGACCCGAAGUUUCAGGUGGAGACUAGUGUACAUAUUGCAGGGGAAGGUGGUGUUUCUCUCGUAGAUGUUCAAUCAACUACCUUUCAUCUGCUGAAACAAGGCGCGAAACUGUGGCCUCUUGCUGGAACUCGGAAGGAUGUAGUAAAUGCGAUGAACGCGGUGGAUUGCGGCUCCAUUUGCCAUUCCCUUGGAAUGAUUUGCAAUGCCUUCAAUUGGUAUCCAAGAAAUUUCACAUGUGAGAUCGUGAAAACCGUAAGCGCCACGUUACAAUAUGCCCCUGGUGCUAUGGUCUAUGUCAGUGCAUUCAUUGUUUGCCUGACACCUCCUCCUUCGAUGGAGAAUCGAACGAUGAAUUUCUCUUUCGGAUGGAAUGGCAGCCUCCCGGCGCCCUUGCUCUCCGAAGUCUCGUAUGACUGCCCACGGCAUUCCCGUUGUCCACCUCCUCUACCUCUCAAGGCCAAAUGCGUUGGCUUCAACAUAUGGACAAUCCUGAAUGAAGACGUCACGCCGCCCUGCCCGGGAAGCGUUCCUCUGGCAGAAGGUUACAAAUUGUUUCAAGAAGAUGGUCGGUUUUACAAGUACUACCCGACGGAAAUGAAAUGGACUGAGGCGAGUCAGGUCUGCUGCCUGGAUGGGGCCCGACUCGCUUCCGCCACGAGCCCCACAGUCUACAAAGCGAUCAGAAGUGUCACGGAAAGUGGAAUCUGGCAAGGCGCCACCGACGAACUCGUGGAAGGCACGUGGAUAUACGAAGACCCAAGUGAGUAUGACUCCAUCACAUUCGGUUUCCAUCAUUAA